AGGUUUGUCUCUGUCACCAUGACAACAGCAGGUCGUUACAUGUAAACACUGGUUGCUAUGGAGACAGCUGUUUAACAGAAAUCAGUCGCCCGGUCAGUUAGAAACACAUCGGCAAAAUGGAGGAGAACGAGUCGCAAAAAGUUGACCAAAGAUUUGAGUUCUUCGAGAAACGCGUGUCGAAAGCGUUUAAUGUGAAGUCUGACCGCUGGCAGAAAUGUGUCGCCACAGUGGAGCAGCGGCAGCUCAUUCAGGACUUUCUGGAUAAAUCUGAACACAAGACUCUGGUUAUUUCGCUAAACUCCUCCGGACAGCUGAUCCCUGCUCUCGGACUCUCGGCAGCCGGGAGGAACAAGUCGGUUUAUUUCAUUAAGCGGCGUAAAACCGCACUGUCUGCUGAUAAAAUCAAAACACAGUUGUUUUGUGGAGACAUGUGCCACUCUCCUCUGGAGCAGUUCUCAGUGCUUGUGGAAAAGGUUGUGGAACCGGUGUUGUCCAAUGCGAGGAACCACCGGGACUUUCCUCAUGUCGUUUCUCAGGACCUCAUGCGACACGUCCACGCGCUCAAAAACAACGUGUUCGUUAUUGCUGGACAAGUCAAAGGCAAAACACACCUUCCCGUGCCUCCAGGAUUCGAGCAGUUUGAGCCAGUCGCUCAUGAGGGAGAUAACAGUGUGCAUCUUGUGGAUAAACGACUUAUUCAUUCGAUGGAGACUGUUGUGAUCGAUUGGAGUCAUCAGGUCUAUAAAGUCCUGAAGAAGGACUCCUCAGAGCCAUUACUCGAGGGCAAAAACCCCACUCCACAUGCAGAGAUAAAGUUUUGGAAAAACAGGCUUGCUGAUCUUCAGGGAAUUCAUAACCAGUUCCAGUCCCCUCGAGUUGUGAUGCUGGCUGAGCUCCUGGCUGCCGUCGACAGCAGUUAUUAUCCUGCCUUUGCAAAAAUGCUCCGGGACGUUUCAGAAGCUCGAAAUGAGACGAGGGAUAUCAAUACCUUCCUCAAGCCAAUAGAGAAACUUAUAGAAGAUGUGGAGAACGCAGACUUCAGCGAGGUGAAGGGGAAGAUCGCUCCUCUCAUGCACACAGUGUGUCUCAUAUGGGCUAACUCCAAAUACUACAACAGCCCAGCCCGAAUCAUAGUGCUUCUACAGGAGAUCUGCAACCUCCUCAUCCAGCAGGCCCGGAGUUUCCUUAACCCAGAGGAAGUCCUGAAGGGUGAUGUGCUGGAAAGCCUGUCCAGAGUGCAGAUGGCUAUAGAUGGGCUGACACACUUCAAGAGCACAUAUGAGGACAGAAGGGCCAAUCUGAGUCAGUACCAGAGGAACCAGAAUGAGGUGAAGCCUUGGGACUUCUCACCCCUCCUGGUGUUUGUCGGGCUGGAUCACUUCAUGAAGAGACUCAGAACAAUUGAAACUCUCCUGCUGACUGUAGUUGAUAUGAUGAAGUUGGGGAAGGUAGAGUUUGGAGGGAUUCUAGGAAAAUCUCUGAGCCUGCGAGUCCAGUUCUUACAUGAAGACUUCUUGGAGACGUAUAAAACAUUCUCAGAGAAGCCGUAUGACUGCCUUGAUGUUAGCAAUGUGUUGUUUUGAGCUUUUUUAAUGGAGUUCCAGAUCAAGGUGGAUGGUAGAGGUUGGUUUUUGAGUACAAUCUUUUGUCAUGCUUUUGAUGAUGCUGCUGGUCUGGAGCACGCUUUCAAGGUUUUGGACAUGUUUGGCAGACUGCUGGAGCGACCCCAGAUAUAGUAUCGGAUGCUGAUCAAAAUGUUUGACAAGCAACUGGAAUGUUGCAAGAUGAUCUUCAAGCAGCACAUGCAGACUGGAGAAACCCAAGGUUACUCUCCUGUCUCCAAGAACAUGCCUGUGGUUGCCGGAGGUUUGAAAUUUGUCCAGCAAUUGCAGGAACGCAUACAGAUCCCUUACAAUAACUUCAGAUUCAUCAGCCACCUAUGUAUGGAGUCUGCGGAUGGAAAGGAGGUGAUCCAGAAAUACGAUGAGUUGAUGCAGCAACUCAAACAAUAUGCCUCUAAACUGUAUGAUGUCUGGAGGAGCUCUGUGGCUGAGAAGUCAGAGUUUAAUCUCCAGAAGUCGCUGAUAUCCCGAGAGCGGAGAACGAGACUCAUCUCUGUCAACUUCAGCCCACAGCUGGUGUCAGUGCUGCGGGAGGUGAAGUACCUCGAGGCCAGAGAGGCUGAAGUCAUUCCAGAUAUGGCUGCAGACGUUUAUUCCAACAGAGAGCUGCUGUGGCAGUAUGUGGCCAAUCAAGAGCUCACAGCCAGCUGGUACAACAAAGUGAUGAGCGCCGUGCUGGAGGUGGAGAUGCUGCUGAUCCAGAGCCAGCUGACAGACAUUGACGCCAAGUUCAAAGAAGCUGAGGAGAACCUCUGCUGGACGAGCCAAGGGAUUUGGGAAUACAUCCAGGAUGUCCGUGAGAUGGUACAUGACCUGGAGCAACGCCUACAGAGGACUAAAGACAAUGUUGAGGAGAUCCAGACUAUCAUGAAGACCUGGACUACCCCAGUCUUUGAGAGGAAGGAGGGGAAGAAAGAUACUCUUCUAAACCUGGAAGAUAAGACAGAGCGUCUGGAGAGAACGUACGGCCGGAUCCGAGCAUCAGGAACCAAGAUCCAUCUGUUGCUGAAAGACAACAUGUCACUCUUCAAAGCAGACCUGUCUUCUGCGCAGUGGAAGGUUUAUGUGGAUUACAUUGAUGAAAUGGUCAUUGAUGGUUUCUACAAUGCUGUUGAGAGCUCCCUCAAGUUCUUCUUGGAAAACACAGACCAGAAGGCUGGAUUAGCCCCACUCUUUGAGGUCCAGCUGCUUCUGCAGGUUCCUGAGAUUGUGUUUAAUCCGUCGUUGGAGUUCAGUGCUUCAGACGGGUUCCAUGAUCUGGUGGAGAGCCUCAUCAAUAGCAUCUUUAGGAUCUCUGCUCUUGUGCCACGAUUAUCUGAGCACAGCGGUUUCCCACACUAUCAGGCUGAUAUGGAGGACAUGGUGGACUUUGCGGAGUGGAGGCAUCUUCUGAUGGAGCGUGUGAGGAAAGUCAUGGGACAGUGCUGUGAGUAUCGUAACAGCCUGGAACGCUACGCUUACCUCUACGUGGAUGACCGGAAGGAGUUCAUGCGUCAGUUCCUGCUGUACAGUCACGUUCUCACGAGUGAAGAGAUCGAGGCCCACGCCGAGCACGGCGUCCCAGAAACCCCUCCGACUCUGGAGUGCUUCCGCAAGCAGGUGGACUCGUACGAGAGCUUAUAUGAGGAUGUGCAGCGGUUGGAGCCCAUUCAUGUGUUUGAGAGCUGGAUGAGGGUGGACGCACGAGCCUUCAAAAGUGCCCUGCUCAACGUCAUCAGAAAGUGGAGCUUCAUGUUCAAACAGCAUCUUAUUGAUCAUGUGACACACAGUCUGUCUGACCUGGAGGAGUUCAUCAGGCUGACGGAGGGUGGUCUGGGUAAGAAGGUGGAGGAGGGUGACUAUAACGGUCUGGUGGAGAUCAUGGGUUACCUGAUGGCAGUUAAAGACCGUCAGAGCACUACAGAUGAGAUGUUCGAGCCUCUGCAGCACACCAUUGAUCUGCUGAAGACUUAUGACCAGGAACUCCCAGAGCUUGUGUACAAACAGCUAGAGGUGCUGCCGGAGAAGUGGAAUAACAUAAAGAAGCAGGCGGUGUUGGUGAAGCAGCAUGUUGCUCCGCUGCAGGCUGGCGAGGUGGCUAACCUGCGAAGGAAAUGCGCUGCAUUCGAUGUGGAUCAGCACACCUUCAGAGAGCAGUUCCGCAAGAAAGACUUUUUCAGGUUUGACUGUGUGAAUCCACACGAGAUGCUGGACGAAGCACACAACCAAAUCCAGGAGAUGGAGACCACGAUGGCCGGGCUCAUUGUGUCCGCCAAUCUCUUUGAAGUCAACAUAUCAGACUACAGACAACUGAAGCAGUGCCGCAAAGAGCUGCCCAUUCUCAAAGAGUUGUGGGAUCUGGUCUUGGUGGUCCAGUCCUGUUUGGAGGCCUGGCAGACGACGCCCUGGAGACAGAUCAACGUGGAUGACAUGGAGAUGGAGUGCAAGCGCUUCUCUAAGGAGCUCCGCGGGCUGGACAAAGAGGCUCGCUCGUGGGAUGCCUUCAGCGGGCUGGACAGCACCGUGAAGAACACACUAGUCUCACUGAGAGCCGUUGCCGAGCUCCAGAACCCGGCCAUCCGUCCACGCCACUGGCAGCAGCUGAUGAACGCCACCGGAGUGCGCUUCACCAUGGACAAGGACACCACGCUGGCCGACCUGCUCCGCCUCAACCUGCACCACUUUGAGGAUGACGUGAGAAGCAUCGUGGAUCGCGCCGUGAAGGAGAUGGGCAUGGAGAAGGUGCUCAAUGAGCUGGACGCCACCUGGACCAGCAUGGCGUUUGAUUUUGAGCCUCAUCCACGGACUAAGAUUCCUCUGUUGAAGUCCAGUGAGGAACUGAUCGAAACGCUGGAGGACAACCAGGUGCAGCUGCAGAACCUAAUGACGUCGAAGUACAUCUCCUUCUUCCUGGAGGAGGUUUCCACAUGGCAGCGGAAGCUCUCGGUGUCGGACUCUGUGAUCUCCAUCUGGUUUGAGGUUCAGAGGACGUGGAGUCACCUGGAGAGCAUCUUUAUCGGUUCUGACGACAUUCGCUCUCAGCUACCAGAGGACUCCAAACGCUUCGAUGGUAUUGAUACUGAUUUCUUAGAGUUAUGAAUGUUGGUUUGUAAGAGAUGUAGCGUUGUGGAGGUAAAAAGUAAACACGGGCUUUUCAAAGGUCUGGAGGACAUUCAGGGCAGAUUGUCUCUUUGUGAAAAAGCCCUGGCAGAGUAUCUGGACACCAAGCGCUUGGCCUUCCCACGCUUCUACUUCAUCUCCUCUGCUGACCUGCUGGACAUCCUGUCCAGUGGCACUGACCCUCACCAGGUUCAGAAGCAUCUGUCAAAGUUGUUUGACAAUAUGGCAAAGCUGAAGUUUGAAACAGACGCAGGCGGAAAGCUCACCAAGACGGGGCUCGGUAUGUUCAGUAAGGAGGACGAGUAUGUUCAGUUCAACCUGCCCUGCGACUGCACCGGCCAGGUGGAAGCGUGGCUGAAUCGUGUUCUGGACAGCAUGAGGGCCACCGUGCGUCAUGAGAUGACCGAGGCCGUCGCCGCCUAUGAGGAGAAGCCUAGGGAGCAGUGGCUGUUCGACUAUCCCGCUCAGGUGGCGCUCACCUGUACUCAGAUCUGGUGGACGACUGAUGUAGGAAUGGCGUUCUCCAGACUGGAGGAGGGAUAUGAGAAUGCAAUGAAGGAGUACUAUAAAAAGCAAGUGAGUCAGUUAAACACCCUCAUCACCAUGCUGAUCGGCCAGCUCACUCCCGGAGACCGGCAGAAAGUCAUGACCAUCUGUACUAUUGACGUCCACGCCAGAGACGUGGUGGACAAGAUCAUUCAACAGAAGGUGGAGAACUCUCAGGCCUUUCUCUGGCUGUCCCAACUGCGGCACCGCUGGGGUGAGAGAGAGAAGCACUGCUUCGCCAACAUCUGCGACGCCCAGUUCCUCUAUUCAUACGAGUAUCUGGGCAACACUCCACGAUUAGUCAUCACACCACUCACAGACAGGUGUUACAUCACUCUGACGCAGUCACUGCAUCUCAUUAUGAGCGGGGCCCCUGCCGGUCCGGCCGGCACCGGGAAGACCGAGACCACCAAGGACUUGGGCCGGGCCCUCGGCAUCAUGGUCUAUGUCUUCAACUGCUCUGAGCAGAUGGACUACAAGUCGUGUGGCAACAUCUACAAAGGCCUGGCGCAGACUGGAGCCUGGGGCUGCUUCGACGAGUUCAACAGGAUCUCGGUGGAGGUGCUUUCAGUGGUGGCGGUGCAGGUCAAAAGUAUUCAAGAUGCCAUUCGAGACAAAAAGAAGAGGUUUAACUUCAUGGGCGAGGAUGUGAACCUGGUCCCGUCGGUGGGCAUCUUUAUCACCAUGAACCCGGGCUAUGCCGGCAGGACUGAGUUGCCAGAAAACCUCAAGGCUCUCUUCAGGCCGUGUGCGAUGGUGGUGCCAGAUUUCGAGCUCAUCUGUGAGAUCAUGCUGGUGGCCGAGGGUUUCCUUGAGGCUCGACUUCUGGCUAGAAAGUUCAUCACUCUCUAUCAGUUGUGCAAGGAGCUGCUCUCCAAACAGGAUCACUAUGACUGGGGCCUGCGGGCCAUUAAGUCGGUGCUGGUUGUGGCCGGGUCGCUGAAGAGAGGAGAUCCAAGCAGAGCGGAGGAUCAGGUGCUGAUGAGAGCGCUGAGAGACUUUAACAUCCCUAAGAUCGUGACUGACGACAUGCCUGUGUUCAUGGGCCUGAUCGGGGAUCUGUUCCCAGCGCUUGACGUGCCCCGCAAACGGGACAUGGACUUUGAGAAAUUCGUCAAGCAGUCUGUGCUGGAUCUCAAGCUGCAGGCUGAGGACAACUUUGUUCUGAAGGUGGUCCAGCUGGAGGAGCUGCUGGCUGUCCGUCACUCCGUGUUCGUGGUGGGAAACGCCGGCACCGGCAAAUCGCAGGUCCUCAAGUCUCUCCACAAGACUUAUCAGAAUAUGAAGCGAAGGGCCAUGUGGGCCGACCUCAACCCCAAAGCAGUCACCAACGACGAGCUGUUCGGCAUUAUAAACCCGGCCACGCGCGAAUGGAAGGAUGGCCUGUUUUCUAAUAUCAUGCGUGAGCUGGCCAACAUCAGUCACACUGGGCCCAAGUGGAUUGUGCUGGAUGGUGAUAUCGAUCCGAUGUGGAUUGAGUCACUGAACACAGUAAUGGAUGAUAACGAGGUGCUGACGCUGGCCAGUAAUGAGAGGAUUCCUCUGAACCCGAGCAUGAGGCUGGUAUUUGAGAUCAGUCACCUCCGCACUGCCACUCCAGCCACUGUCUCCAGAGCCGCUUUUAUUUUCAUGAUUUAACUUGUGUGUUUAGGCUGGAAUUCUCCUGUGUGGUGUUUUGUAGAUGGGAGGUGUGUAUUUUGGGUGGAAGCCAAUCUGACCAUUCUGUUUGACAAGUACCUCCCAUCAUGCCUCGACACGCUCAGGUCAAGAUUUAAGAAGAUCAUCCCGAUUCCUGAGCAGAGUAUGGUCCAGAUGCUCUGCUUCCUCCUGGAAUGUCUCCUGAUCCCAGAACACACCCCUCCAGACAGCCAUAAGGAUCUCUACGAGCUCUAUUUUGUCUUCGCAGCCAUCUGGGCCUUCGGAGGAACCAUGUUCCAGGAUCAGCUGGUGGAUUACAGGGUGGAGUUCAGUAAGUGGUGGGUGACAGAGUUCAAAACCGUGAAGUUUCCGGCUCAAGGAACCGUAUUCGAUUACUACAUCGAUCCCGAAAGCAAAAAAUUUGAACCCUGGUCAAAAAUGAUUCCCAAAUUUGUGAUGGAUCCUGACAUCCCUCUUCAGGCCUGCCUGGUCCACACCACAGAGACCAUCCGUGUGCGCUACUUCAUGGACCGUCUGUUGGAGAGGAGGCGUCCGGUCAUGCUGGUGGGCAACGCCGGCACCGGAAAGUCUGUUCUGGUGGGAGACAAACUGGGUUCUUUAGACCCGGAGAAAUACGCCGUCAAAAACGUACCCUUCAACUAUUACACCACGUCAGCCAUGCUACAGGCUGUUUUAGAGAAACCCUUGGAGAAGAAGGCAGGGAGGAACUACGGGCCACCGGGCAACAAGCGCCUCAUCUACUUCAUCGAUGACAUGAACAUGCCGGAGGUGGACGCGUACGGGACGGUGCAGCCGCACACGAUGAUCCGCCAGCACAUGGACUACAGCCACUGGUACGAUAGGAGCAAGCUGCAGCUGAAGGAGAUUCACAAUGUGCAGUACGUGUCCUGCAUGAACCCGACGGCCGGCAGCUUUACCAUCAACCCUCGCCUGCAGAGGCAUUUCUCGGUGUUUGCACUCUCGUUUCCCGGUGUGGAUGCUCUGAACACCAUCUACUGCAGCAUCUUGAGUCAGCAUCUGCGCGGCGAGGGAUUCCCAGCCGUUCUGCAGAAGAGCUGCUCUCAGCUGGUCCAGCUGGCCCUGGCCUUCCACCAGCGCAUCACCGCAACCUUCCUGCCCACCGCCAUCAAGUUCCACUACAUCUUCAACCUGCGCGACCUCUCCAACAUAUUCCAGGGCAUCCUGUUUUGCACCAGCGAGUGUCUGAAGACUCCUCAGGACCUGGUGAAGAUCUACCUUCACGAGUCCAACCGGGUUUACCGCGACAAGAUGGUGGAAGACAAAGAUUUCGACAUCUUUGACAAGCUGCAGUCAGAAACGGUGAAAAAGUUCUACGAGGAUAUGGAGGAGACCCUAGAGGAGACCAGGGCCAUGAAUAUGUACUGUCAUUUCGCCACGGGCAUCGGUGAACCCAAAUACAUGGCGGUGCAGUCCUGGGGGAGCCUGAACAAGACCCUGCUGGAAGCUCUUGACAGCUACAACGAAGUCAAUGCGGCUAUGAACCUUGUUCUGUUCGAGGAUGCCAUGUCUCAUGUCUGCCGUAUCAAUCGGAUCCUGGAGUCUCCGCGGGGAAAUGCUCUGCUGGUCGGGGUGGGCGGCAGCGGGAAGCAGAGCCUGACCAGGCUGGCGGCGUUCAUCAGCUCCCUGGAGGUCUUUCAGAUCACGCUGAAGAAAGGAUACGGCAUCCCUGAUCUCAAGAGCGAUCUGGGCGCGUUGUACAUUAAAGCUGGCGUGAAGAAUAUUGGCACGGUGCUCCUCAUGACAGAUGCCCAGGUCGCAGAUGAGAAGUUCCUCGUGUUGGUGAACGACCUUUUAGCAUCUGGUGAAAUCCCAGACCUCUUCCCUGAUGAUGAGGCGGAGAACAUCAUCGGUUCUUUAAGGAAUGAAGUGCGUGGCCAGGGUCUGAUGGACACUAGGGAGAACUGCUGGAAGUUCUUCAUCGACCGUGUCCGUAGGCAACUCAAAGUGGCGCUGUGUUUCUCUCCAGUGGGCAGUAAACUGAGGGUGCGCAGCAGGAAAUUUCCUGCGGUGGUCAACUGCACCGCCAUCGAUUGGUUCCAUGAGUGGCCACAGGAGGCGCUAGAGUCGGUCAGCCUGAGGUUCCUGCAGGACGUGGAGCACAUCCAGCCAGAGGUGAAGGACUCGGUGAGUAAAUUCAUGGCCUAUGUACACAUUAGUGUGAACAAGACCUCAAAAGACUACCUGGCCAACGAGCGGCGAUACAACUACACCACGCCCAAGUCCUUCCUGGAGCAGAUCAAGCUGUACGGGAACCUGCUGGCACUCAAGAAGAAAGAUCUGACCUCCAAGAUGGAGCGACUGGAAAACGGCUUGGAGAAGCUCAACAGUACAACGGCUCAGGUGGACGAUCUGAAGGCCAAGCUGGCGGCACAGGAAGUGGAGCUGAAGCUGAAGAACGAGAGUGCAGAUAAACUGAUCCAGGUUGUGGGUGUGGAGACGGAGAAGGUGGCGCGGGAGAAGGCGGUGGCGGAUGAAGAGGAGCAGAAGGUGGCCUGCAUCGCCGAGGAGGUGAUGCGCAAACAGAGAGACUGUGAGGAGGACCUGGCUAAAGCAGAACCUGCACUCAUAGCGGCACAGGAGGCUCUGAACACUCUCAACAAGAACAAUCUGACGGAGCUGAAGUCUUUCGGCUCUCCUGUGGCUGCCGUGACAAACGUCACAGCCGCUGUGAUGGUCCUCAUGGCCCCCGGUGGGCGCGUUCCCAAGGACCGCAGCUGGAAGGCUGCUAAAGUCAUGAUGGCUAAGGUGGACGCCUUCCUCGACGCCUUGGUCAAUUUCAAAAAGGAAAACAUCCACGAGAACUGUCUCAAAGCCAUCCAGCCGUACCUAGGGGACCCAGACUUCAGCCCUGAGCUGAUAGCAGCCAAAUCCAACGCGGCGGCUGGCCUCUGCUCCUGGGUCAUCAACAUUGUGAAGUUUUAUGAGGUUUACUGUGAGGUCGAGCCUAAGAGACAAGCCCUGAGCAAAGCCAACGCCGAACUCGCCGCCGCGCAGGAUAAACUCUCGGUCAUCAAGGCAAAAAUCAAUCAACUUAAUGAGAACUUGGCGAAGCUGACUGCGAAGUUUGAGAAAGCCACAGCAGACAAGCUGCGGUGCCAACAGGAGGCUGAGACCACGGCACGCACCAUCGCUCUCGCCAACCGCCUGGUUGGAGGUCUGGCAUCGGAGAACGUGCGCUGGGCAGAGGCCGUGAAGAGCUUCAGGCAUCAGGAGAGCACUCUGUGUGGAGACGUGCUCCUCAUCACUGCCUUCGUCUCCUAUCUGGGUUAUUUCACCAAACGUUACCGCCUGGAGCUGAUGGACAACAGCUGGAGGCCGUACCUGAGCCAGCUCAAGGUGCCGAUCCCGGUGACUCCGGGUCUGGACCCGCUGACCAUGCUGACGGAUGACGCUGACAUCGCAGUCUGGCAGAACGAGGGUCUGCCGGCAGACCGGAUGUCGACUGAAAACGCCACCAUCCUCACCAGCUGCGAACGAUGGCCGCUCAUGGUGGAUCCGCAGCUGCAGGGAAUCAAAUGGAUCAAAAACAAAUACGGAGAAGAGCUGCGGAUCAUCAGAAUUGGACAGAGAGGAUAUCUGGACUCCAUCGAGAGAGCGUUAUCUGUUGGUGAAGUCGUCCUCAUUGAGAAUUUGGAGGAGGCGGUGGAUCCAGUGCUCGGUCCGCUACUCGGACGUGAAACCAUAAAGAAAGGACGCUACAUAAAGAUCGGCGAUAAGGAGUGCGAGUACAACCCCAGUUUCCGUCUGAUCCUUCACACCAAGCUGGCAAACCCUCACUACCAGCCGGAGCUCCAGGCUCAGUGUACGCUGGUCAACUUCACGGUGACACGGGACGGGCUGGAGGACCAGCUGCUGGCAGCCGUGGUCAGCAUGGAGAGACCCGACCUGGAGGAGCUGAAGUCGAACCUCACAAAGCAACAGAACGGCUUCAAAAUCACUUUGAAAACUCUGGAGGACAACCUGCUCUCACGGCUCUCCUCCGCGUCCGGAAACUUCCUGGGAGACAUCGAGUUGGUGGAGAACCUGGAGAUAACCAAACGAACGGCAGCCGAGAUUGAAGUCAAGGUGAAAGAGGCUAAGGUGACGGAGGCUGAGAUCAAUGACGCUCGGGAACACUACCGUCCAGCGGCGGCCCGUGGUUCGCUCCUGUACUUCAUCAUGAACGACCUCAAUAAAAUCCAUCCCAUGUACCAGUUCUCUCUCAAGGCCUUCAACGUUGUGUUUCAAAAUGCCGUACUAAAAGCCGAUCCGGACGAGACCUUGAAACAGCGGGUCUUAAAUCUGAUCGACAGCAUCACGUCGUUGGUGUUCCAGUACACCACCCGCGGGCUCUUCGAGUGUGACAAACUCACCUACACCGCCCAGCUGGCCUUCCAGGUCCUGCUCAUGAAUAAAGAGAUCAGUCCCCGCGAGCUGGACUUCCUGCUGCGCUACCCAGUGCAGCCGGGCUUGACGUCACCCGUCGACUUCCUGUCCAACCACUCCUGGGGAGGAAUUAAAGCUCUCAGUACGAUGGAGGAGUUUCAUAACCUGGACCGUGACAUCGAAGGAUCGGCUAAACGCUGGAAGAAGUUUUCAGAGUCCGAGUGUCCGGAGAAAGAGAAGUUCCCUCAGGAGUGGAAGAACAAGACGUCGCUGCAGAGGCUGUGCAUGAUGAGAGCGCUACGGCCCGACAGAAUGACCUACGCCGUCAGAGAUUUUGUGGAGGAGAAGCUGGGCAGCAAGUACGUGAUGAGCCGCUCGCUGGACUUUGCCGUGUCAUAUGAGGAGUCUGGAGCCGCCACACCCGUUUUGUUGAUCGUUUGACUUGGAGUUGUCUUGUUGAAGGAUGUGGAGAAACACGGAAGAAAACUGGGAUAUACGUUCGACAACAGAAAUUUCCACAACGUUUCGCUGGGCCAGGGGCAGGAGGUGGUGGCAGAACAGGCUCUGGAUCUGGCUGCGAAAGAGGGGCACUGGGUCAUUUUACAGAAUAUCCACUUGGUGGCUAAAUGGCUGGGAACGCUGGAGAAGAAGCUGGAGCAGCAUGCAGAGGGAAGCCACCAGAACUUCAGGGUGUUCAUCAGUGCGGAGCCGUCCUCCUCACCCGAUGGCCACAUCAUCCCACAGGGCAUCCUGGAGAACUCCAUCAAGAUAAAUAACGAGUGGGCCGUGUGUGUGCAUGAUAACCUGUGAGAAGCCUUUGGGAAGUUUGACAAGGAUACUCUGGAGAUGUGUGCCCGCGAGAACGAGUUCAAAAGCAUCCUCUUUGCCCUGUGUUACUUCCAUGCGGUGGUGGCGGAGCGGAGGAAGUUCGGCCCUCAGGGCUGGAACCGGAGUUACCCAUUCAACACCGGAGACCUGACCAUCUCCGUCAACGUGCUCUACAACUAUCUGGAGGCCAACACCAAGGUGCCCUAUGAUGACCUGCGCUAUCUCUUCGGUGAGAUCAUGUAUGGGGGUCACAUCACCGACGACUGGGACCGCAGGCUGUGCCGCACAUAUCUGGAGGAGUUCAUCAAGACGGAGAUGAUGGAGGGAGAGCUGUAUCUGGCGCCCGGCUUCCGUCUGCCGGGAAACAUGGAUUACAACGGCUAUCAUCAGUACAUAGAUGGCGCUCUUCCACCCGAGUCCCCGUACCUAUACGGCCUGCACCCGAACGCAGAGAUCGGCUUCCUCACGCAGACGUCAGAGAAACUCUUCCGCACCGUGCUGGAAAUGCAGCCCAGAGACGGAGGAUCGGGAGAGGGAACAUCCGGAUCACGCGACGAGAAGGUGAAAGCAGCGCUUGAUGAGAUCCUUGAGAAGCUUCCGGAGGAGUUCAACAUGGCAGAGAUGAUGGGGAAGGUGGAGGAGAGGACGCCGUAUAUUGUUGUGGCGUUCCAGGAGUGUGAGCGCAUGAAUAUCCUGACACAAGAGAUCAAACGCUCUCUAAAAGAGCUCAAUCUAGGCCUGAAGGGCGAGCUCACAAUGACCAACGACAUGGAGAAUCUCCAGAACGCCAUCUACCUGGACCAGGUGCCCGAGUCCUGGACCAAACGCGCCUAUCCGUCCAUAUCCGGUCUGGCCAUCUGGUUCACGGACCUCCUGAACCGCAUCAAGGAGCUGGAGAUCUGGACGUCUGACUUCUCCCUGCCCUCCGUGGUGUGGCUGGCCGGCUUCUUCAACCCACAGUCCUUCCUGACGGCCAUCAUGCAGUCCAUGGCUCGCCGCAACGAGUGGCCACUGGACAAGAUGAGUCUGCAGUGCGAUGUGACCAAGAAGAACCGUGAGGACUUCAGCACGCCGCCGCGAGAGGGAGCCUAUAUCCACGGCCUGUUCAUGGAGGGUGCCCGAUGGGACACGCAGGCUGGCAUAAUGGUGGACGCUCGUCUGAAGGAGCUCACGCCCACAAUGCCGGUGAUUUUCAUCAGAGCCAUUCCUGUGGACAAACAGGAGACCCGCAGCCUGUACCAGUGUCCCGUCUAUAAGACCCGACAGCGUGGACCCACGUACAUCUGGACCUUCAACCUGAAGACCAAAGACAAUCCGUCCAAAUGGACCCUCGCUGGAGUCGCUCUGCUGCUUCAGAUAUAAACUACCUGCUCGCAUUUCACCGAUGCCUUAUUUGCACCUUUUUUAGAACAUAGUAUUUUUUUGUGUGUGUGUGUGCUGUUAGGAAAAGGCAAGUUCCAGUGCAAAUGUUUGCACAAACACGGCGUGCCAUGCAGUUAAAUUAAAAGCACUUUGAUGAACCGGU